AUGCAGGAACACAAGUCGUUUUUGAUUAGGGACCUUUUGGGCGAUGUUUUGGCCAAUUCGGCCGAAGAUUUCGACGAGUCGGAACCGUCUACCGACCUUCACUCACACGAGUCCUUUUCGGUCGAGUCUGACGAACCGACACUGUACGUCCAUCGCGGUGCUCACGUCCUUAACGAACAAUUGGAGGCCGACGCGUCGAAGGGACGUAAGCCUCGACGUAGGCGUACCGCGUUCACGCACGCGCAGUUGGCAUACCUGGAGCGGAAGUUCCGGUGCCAGAAGUACCUGUCGGUAGCCGAUCGCAGCGACGUUGCCGACGCACUCAACCUCAGUGAGACGCAGGUCAAGACGUGGUACCAAAACCGAAGGACCAAAUGGAAACGUCAGAAUCAGCUCCGUCUCGAACAGUUAAGGCACCAAGCUUCCGUAGAAAAGGAACUUCUGAACGUGACCGGUUUGAGAAAGAGCACGGGUGAUCCAUCGUCUUGUUGUCCGCCGGUGUCGCUCCAGAGAUACAGCGCUCAAUCGCCUUGCAGCUUCCUGACCUCGGCCGCCGCCGCCAUUUUCCACAACGUGACUUACGUCCACGGCUGUCAGUUGUAACGCACCAUUCGAUCUGAUUCGCAUCUAGUGACUUCACACAACUUCACCAAAAUUUGUAAAUAAGUCUUUUAGAAAUGUGGAGUGUGUAUAUAGUUUCCGAAAUAUAGGGUGUCCAACAUUCAAAAAUUCUUAGCUAAGAUUUGGCGGCAAUAAGUGUCAAUAAGGAGGGCGAGUGUUGACUGGUGAUGCUAACAAACAUAUUGUUCUUUCUUUUUAUCCAGCAUAUUUUUUUUUGUUUAUGUACACUCCCUAAAAUCACAUAAAAAAUGACAUGCCGAAGGCUGGCAAAGUUACUUAAGAAACACCCUGUAUUUCGGCUAACAAUUAAAAUUGUUAUAGUUUUGGCAGGCGCGGGCUGUUUGGUUGUAAAGCUCUUACCGGUUUUAGAGUUUUUUUUAUUUAGUUUUAGGACAUUUUAUUUUAUUUUAUGUAACAAAUAAACAUUUUGAAAAUGCUAGCUUCGUUACUCGUUCUUACACAAAUAUUCUCAUUGCUAUCACCUCUACUAUGCCGUUUAUUUUUUUUAAAUAAAUAUAAAAAAUAAACAUUUUUCAGUUGGACAGAUUAUUUUAUUAGUAAUUUGUGAUUAAUAGAAAAACAAGCUUUGUAAAAAGUUGGAAUAAGAAAAUAAGUGGCCCAAUUUUUUUUUUGCCAAAUUAAUUUUAAAUAAAGUCUGUUUGGACCUAAGUACUUGGACUGUUUGUCUUAAAA